AUGCACCAUCCCCCAUACACCAUCCCCCAUGCACCAUCCCCCAUGCACCAUCCCCCAUCCACCAUGCGCCAUCCCCCAUGCACCAUCCCCCAUCCCCCAUGCACCAUCCCCCAUGCACCAUCCCCCAUGCACCAUCCCCCAUGCACCAUCCGCCAUGCACCAUCCCCCAUGCACCAUCCGCCAUGCACCAUGCCCCAACCACGCCCGCAGUGCUUCUUCCCGGAGCAUCUCCUUCCCUUCCUCUGCCGGCCCUUCUUCGUUCUCAACCCCCUCUACGACUCCUGGCAGGUGUCUUUCUCAUUCGCCCAGCAGCAUGCCUUCCCCUCUCUGGAUUGGCACCACUGCCGCACUGACCUGCGCUCCUGCCCGCCCCACCUGCUGCAGCUGCUCCACGGGUACCACCACCAGAUGGUUACCAAGCUCUCCCCCUUUCUCCCUGCCACGCACUCUCUUAGCCCUCCUCCCCACCAUCGCCGCCGCCUGACUUUGGUGGAAGGCGGAGGGAUUGGUGUUGAGGAGGGAGGUACGGAGGAGGUAGGGGAAAAGAACAUAGGGGAUGGUGAUGGUGAGGAGGAGGAAGGGGGUGAUGGCGAGAGUAAGAGCGGGGAGGAGACGGGAGGUGAGAAUGAGAGAGGGAGUGAGGAGGAGAAGGGAAGUGAGGAGGAGUCGGAGAGUGAAGAGAAAAGGGGGGGUGAAGAGGAGAAGGAAGAGAAUGAGGAGGCAAAAGAAACUGAGGGUGGUGCACGUGUGGAGGGGAAUGAGGAGGAGGAAGAAGGGGAGCAGGAGGAGAAGCCGAGUGCAGAUGAGAGGGCUGACUUGGGAUAUCACAAGGGGCUGGAAGUUGGAGAAAUGGGGAGGGAUUUUGAAGCGAUGAAGAGGGAUGGGCUUGGUGUUGUGGAGGGCGAGGCUUUCCGCUCCCAGGAAGGAGGGGUCUCCGCCUCUGCCUCGCGCAAUGGAGCUCUGCUGUUGUCCUGCCAUCUGCACUGCAUGGUGAGUGGCACUGCAUGGCACUGGCAUCGCAAGCAUGGCACGGGGCUGGUGCUCCUCGUGUUGGGGGCAAGACAAUGGCAGAAGCUAUUGGCCAAGGGCGAGAAUGGCGUGGCAACCGAGGUCCCUCCUGGCAUCGAGAAGGCGGCGGCCGCCGGCGGGCUUGACAAGUUCGAGGGAACGACGAUCGUGAGCCCGAGCACGGACAGUAUUCUGAUGGUGGACGUGAAGGUUGCGGGAUGGAACAAAAUGAAGUGCCACAAGGACCUGGGCGAGCCCGGGGAGGGCGCGUGCACGCCGGCCAACUGCAGCAAGGGCGGCAUCGCCGCCAAGUGGAAGACGUCGAACCUGCUGAAGAACAAGCUGGGCGUGGAGGUGUACGUGAAGGGCAACCCGCUGACGCUGAAGAAGGCGUCCCCGCAGACGUGCUGCAACACGUGCGCGGGGUACAGCAGCUGCACGUACUGGCAGUACAUCCCCGACAUCACGAUCGACGGCAAGAAGACGGAGGGCGCAUGCUACCUGGUGCACGACAACAUCGACUACUCGUGCGGCGACAUGACGGCGCAGUACGCCACCGACUCGAAGCCGGUUCAUCUGCAGGUGCGCACGGGCGGCGAGUGCAACCCCGCGGCAAACGUGGUGAACGACCCGCAUCUGGUGGGCGCGUACGGCACGCACUUCGACUUCAACGGGCGCCCCGACAAGGCGUUCUGCCUGCUGACGGACAAGGACCUGCACGUGAACAUGCUGCUGCGCGGGUACUACUCGGACGACACGGAGAACGCGGCGCUCGUUGUGGACGGCAAGGCCGUGCACACGUGGAUUAAGGAGCUGGGCAUCGUGUGGUUCGCCAACGGCGCCGACCACAAGGUGCGGCUCGCGGCGCGCUCUGGCAAGCAGCAGGAGCGCGGCGACGGAUUCAUGAAGACGAUCGAGAUUGACGGCGAGGAGAUCCCGAGGAUGAACGUGGGCGACGAGGUGACGGCGGAGGGCGGUCUGACUCUGCGGUUCGCGGCGCUGGAGAAGGAGGGCCCGUAUGACGUAGACUACUACACGCUCGCGAUCGACGGGCUCGUGGCGCUCGACCUGCGCCUGCGCGUGGCCAACCCCAAGCUGCAGACGCCCAGCGAGGCCGAGGCGCACAUCAACGUGGGGAUUGUGGAGCUGGAGCACACCGACGACGUGCACGGCGUGCUCGGCCAGACGUACCGCCCCGACCACGCUGCUCGCGCCGCCGACUUCCAGCGCCUGAUCGCGAACCUGCACCGUCCGAUCUCGGCCGACAGCCAGGAGGGCGUUGGGUUCCUUGACGGCACUCCCCGGCUGUACGAGUCGAGCUCCGUGCUGUCCGUGGACUGCACGCAAACCGAGUACCACCGCGCCAAGCAGCUGAGCCCCGUCGAGGAGUUCCCCAUGGAGCCCCUCAACUAA